GCGGGAUCUAUGCGGCAGUGGUGCCGUGAAAGUGGUUCGCGAUCGAUUGUUCACCCGUAGAGUAGCGCUCCGCACGUGCGAAUCGCAGUAUUACGAAUAGUAUACAGUAUUAGUAUACAGUUGUCGUUGUGCCGGCGUAGUUAUUCGAUAUCCGUUGCCGUCACGUCGUUUCCAGCGGACUGAGGAAAAUAAAACAUAAAAACAUGUUCAGCGGUAAAUGCAGGAGCCAGGCUCGGCUGGACGGCAAGACCGCAAUCGUCACCGGUUCGAACACGGGCAUCGGUAAAGUGACCGCCAAGGAAUUCUACAGGCUCGGGGCAAGGGUCGUGAUGGCGUGUCGGGACGUGAAAAAAGCGGAACAGGCCGUGGCGGAUAUCUUGGCGGACGUGAAAGGCGACAACGUCGGACAGCUGAUCGUGGAGGAACUGGACUUGGCUUCGUUGGCGUCGAUCAGACGUUGUGCGAAGAGAAUACUGCUGAAGGAGAAGCAAAUCCAUCUGCUGGUCAAUAAUGCCGGCGUGAUGGCGUGCCCGAAGGGAAAGACCCAAGACGGUUUCGAAACCCAGUUCGGCGUCAACCACCUGGGACACUUCCUGUUCACGUCGCUCCUGCUGCCCAGGAUCCGGAGUUCGGCACCGGCGCGCAUUGUCAUCGUGUCCUCCUUGGCGCACAUGGGUGGUUCAAUUAAUUUCGACGACAUUAACUACGACACGAGAAUGUACGUGGCCAUGUUGGCCUACAGUCAAAGCAAACUGGCCAAUGUGCUGUUUGCGAAAGAACUGUCCCGGAACCUCGAAGGGACCGGAGUCCAUGUGUACAGCCUACAUCCGGGGAUCGUGAGAACGGAGUUGACCAGAACAGUGGACAAGGUUUUUUUCCCGGGCGCUUGGUUCCUCUUCCGCUUUUUCGUCUACCCGUGGGUCAAGAAUCCGGAACAAGGGGCUCAGACCACACUGCACUGUUCCAUCGACGAAAAGGCCGGCGAACAAACCGGAUUGUAUUACAGUAACUGCAAGGUAAAAGAACCGUCGUCAUUGGCCAAGAACGUGGAAUUGGCGAAAAAACUUUGGGAUAAAAGCGUAGAAAUGGUUGGUAUAAAGGACUACGACAUGUUUAACUGCGAGGAUACGCUUCCUGAACCAUUAAAAGACGUCUAAACGAAAGCGUCUUAAUUUUACACACAAAUAAAAUGCAUAAACACACGGUUUUAUGUUAUUAAAAUAUAAUUGAUUUAAAUACAAAUUCA